CUCCAGCACCCCCUCGCGCUAACCUUUCCUCUCGAUCCCCAUCGCGCCGCCGGCCCGCGCGCCGCGCCGCCGGCCCAAGCCGCGAUCUCCUCCGGUCGCCGCUCGUCCUCCUCCGGUCGCCGCUCGUCCUCCUCCGUCCGAAGCUCGCGCCGCUCCCGGUCGUUUCCCUCUCUCUCUCUCGUGCGCGGAGGCGACGCAUCUGUCAAGGAUCGAUCCAGCGAGAGGUGAGUCCGUCCGUUCCUUCUGUACUCGUGCUCUCCCUCCUCGUACGCGUCCGUCUGUGCAUCAAGUCAGCAAGAGUAGUCCAUAGCUAGAUUAGUUAGCGUGAGCAACGGCGUGGCUGGAUUCUUCUGUUUAGUUAGCUAGUUAGCUGCAGAUGUUUAGCCCCCUCUCGUUGCAGAUGUUUGUGCAAAUUUAGAGCAUGAAGAAACAAAGAGCUGAUCUAUAAAUAAUUUGAUAUGCACUAGCUGUGAUUUGAGCAUUAAGAAACAAAGAGCUGUGAUAUGUAAAUACUUAUAAAGAGCUGAUCUAUAAAUACUUAUAAAGAGCUGCAGAUGUUCAGGAUCUAUAUUGAGAAACAACUCAAUACUUAUAAAGAGCUGAUCUAUGAAUACUUAUAAAGAGCUUCAGAUGUUCAGGAACUUACACAAAAUAUUUUGGUACAAUUUCAUUUUUGUUAUGCACUAGCUGUUAUAAAUAAUCAAAGUUAGAAAUGUAUUUCAUAAGUUAACAUGGACAAGAUUACUCAUCAUCAAAAAUGCCAGUUAGGCCUGGUUCAGCACAUGACAUGAGAGUUUUGAAAGAUGCCAGAACUACUAAUCAUCAAAAAUUUCCACAUCCACCACCAGAGAAGUAUUAUGUGGUUGAUGCGGGGUACCCAAACCGUCCGGGCUACCUUUCACCAUACAGAUGUACAAGGUACCAUGUGCAACAAUGGCAAAACGGCCCGCCGCCAGAAGGUAUGAAAGAAACCUUCAACCAUGCACAUGCCAAAGUUAGGAAUGUCAUUGAGCGGUCCUUUGGAGUGUUGAUGAUGAAAUUUAGGAUUUUAUUGAACAUGCCAAAAUUUCCAGAGGACAAGCAAACUAGAAUUAUUGUUGCUUGUAUGGCUCUUCAUAAUUUCAUUCGAGAGAGCAGAAUUCCGGAUAGGGAAUUUGAUGCGUGUGAUGCGGAUGAAAACUAUAACCCAAUGCCUAGUUCUUCUGCAUCCGCAUGGCCAGAAGACGAACCUCUUGUUGAAGAUAUCGACAUGAAUGCCUUCCGUGAUGAGUUAGCUCAUGCUUUGUUUCAUGGAGUGUAAUUUUUUUUAAGCUUGAUUGAGGACUUGUACGUUUAAGUGAGA